AAACACAUAAACUACACAGUCGCAUCGGUGAUUUGCUGCUGGUUGCCAAGAUACAAUUGGGAAACCCUCGACUGCUACUAAUCAGCUGGUGAGCACAACCCUAUUUCUCUAAUGGCCGGUGAGAACAAAUCCAGUAAGGACAAGAAGAGAAAGCAGUAUCUCCCCUACAAUAAGCCUGUGAAGAAGAAAGGAGCCUAUCCUUUGCACCCAGGAGUGCAGGGCUUCUUCAUCACUUGCGAUGGUGGCAGGGAACGUCAAGCCUCUCGUGAGGCCAUUAAUAUUAUAGACUCUUUUUAUGAAGAGCUAGUUGAUGGGAAGGGUAGCAAUGUCAAGCUUGAAGAGUCAUCCAAUAAACCUUUAAAUAAGAAAAUCAAGUUCUCAUACUCUGAUGACGAUAGUGAUGGUAGUGAGGUGGAGGAGGGGGAGAAAGAGGGGGAAGGGGGGAAGACAAAAAGUAAAUCUGAUGCUUGUGAAAACAAUGAUGCUAGUCUUGAAAAUCUGGCUGAUGGGAAGGCAGAUAUUCAUGGUUUAAAUGACGCAUGUCAUGGAAAUCAAACUGAAGAAGAGGUUAAGAAUAAAGAAAGCACUCUGAAACCUAAAAAUGAACAGAGUGCAGCUGAUGGGCCACCAAUAAAGAAACAAUGCCUCGAAGCAGGUAUCUCAAAGUGUGGUUCUGUUCAUGACAAAGUGGAGUUUAAAUCUAUUGACAAGCUUAUUGAAGAGGAACUCAAAGAACUUGGAGAUAAGAGUAAGAGGCGCUUUGUCAACCUUGAUUCAGGUUGUAAUGGUGUGGUCUUUGUUCAAAUGCAGAGGAAUAAUGGAGAUCCUAGUCCAAAAGAUAUUGUGCAGCAUAUGAUGACAUCUGCAGCUUCGUCUAGGAAACACAUGUCAAGGUUCAUCUUAAGAGUGUUACCGGUUGAAGUGGCUUGCUAUUCAUCAGAGGGGGAGAUCUCGAAAGCAAUGGAAACUCUUGUGGGUCAUUAUUUUCCAGUGGAAACCGAAAACCCACAUAAGUUUGCAGUACUGUAUGAAGCCCGGGCGAACAGUGGUAUUGACAGGAUGAAAAUUAUCAAUUCAGUGGCAAAGUCUGUUCCUGGACCUCAUAAAGUUGAUCUCAGCAAUCCUGACGUGACAAUUAUAGUACAGAUUGUCAAGACUGUUUGUUUGAUUGGGGUUGUUGACAAGUACAAGGAGUUGUCUAAGUACAACUUGAGGCAGCUCACUUCAGCAAAGCAGUAGCAGUUGCAGUUGGUGCUAUUUAGGCUCGUUCAUCUAGACGAGAGGUUUGGUGAGUUAGAAUAUUGAACGGAAAUAUGGAAUUAUUUAGGCACGUUGCUUAGCAUUAUUGUAAACCACCUUCACUCUUUGGCUUGAAUGGAAAGAGCCAAAUUACUGAUUUUCCUUGAUGUCUUAAUUUUAACAUUUAGAUGUUGAGAUGGCUCCAGUACACCCUGGUGUGAAAUUAUAUAGUUUAUUGAUGUAACAUUAUUUGUUAGAUGGUGUUUAUGAAUCCACUAUUCUAUCCCUUA